AUGAGCCGAGAGAACAGGGCCGGUCUGUCGGGGGCGGGGCGGCACCUGUUCCUGCCUGGCAUGGGGAUGCACCCAGUUUCAGCAGAGCAGCGGUUCCAAGCAGCUGUAGACCGACGCCUGUUUUCCCUAACGUCGGUCCAAGGCUCCUCUACCCCCACGUUCAUCGUCCACAAGACCGGCUGUUUCAGAUCGACCUUAGAAGUGAAAAGUCCGGUGCGUUUCCAGGGGCGCGGGGCUGCGGGUGGGGAACGUCAUUUGUUUCAGGGCCGGAACAAACGGGAGGCCGGAGGCCGGCGCCGCGAAACGCCCGCGCCCCGCCCCGCCCGGCACCUGCGCAGUCCCCGGCGCGCGGCCGCCCGCCCCCGCCCCGCGCCCGAGCGCCCGGCCCGGCUCGGGGCGCGCAGGCGUCGGCGGAAGCGCCUGCGCCGGCCGCCGUCGCCGCCGCCUCCGUUUCCUCUCGCCGGGGCGCGCAGGGCUGAGCGGGCCGGCAGCACGGAGGCGCCGGGAGCGGCCGAGGCCGCGGGGCCGGCGGCCGGCGGUGGCGCGCCCCGCCCCGGCGCCCCCGCGCCCGCCCCGGCCCCGGCCCCGGCCCCGGCCCCGGCCCCGGCCCCGGACUCGCGGUUCGCCCUGCUGGUGAUGCGGCCGUGCGCGGGCCAGGACGAGGCUGCGGCGGCCGCGCUGGGGGGCAGCGGCGGCCGGGGCCAGCCCGGGGGCCACCCGUGCGAAGCGGCGGGGGACGGCGAGGAGGAGACGGGGGAGGACGACGCGGACCUGCUGGACACGUCGGACCCCCCCGGGGGUGGCGAGAGCGCGGCGAGUCUGGAGGAGCUGGAGGACGACGAGACCCACUCGGGGGGCGAGGGCGGCGGCGGCGGCGGGGCAGCCCCGGCGCGGGGCGGCGGCGGCGGGGGCUGCGUGAGCAAGACGUGCACCUACGAGGGCUGCCGCGAGACCACCAGCCAGGUGGCCAAGCAGCGCAAGCCGUGGAUGUGCAAGAAGCACCGCAACAAGAUGUACAAGGACAAGUACAAGAAGAAGAAGAGCGACCAGGCCCAGAACGGCGGCGGGAGCGCCCCGGCCAGCGGCUCGGGCAGCGUCAAGCUGGAGGAAAGUACAGAUAAUAUACUCUCCAUUGUUAAACAAAGAUCGGGAUCUUUUGGAGAUAGACCUGCAAGACCAACCCUUUUAGAACAAGUGUUAAAUCAGAAAAGACUGUCAUUAUUAAGAAGUCCUGAAGUGGUGCAGUUUUUACAGAAACAGCAACAACUGUUAAAUCAGCAAGUUUUGGAGCAGAGACAGCAACAAUUUCCAGGAACAUCAGUGUGAAGGAAUUUAUCAAGAAGAUAUACUUGCUUUUUAAUCUUACUGUAAUAACUGAACGUAUUUUUUUAUACUAAAGAUAAGUGGGUAAACUAUGCCUGUUGGUCAUAAAGUCAUUUUUCCUGUUAUUGUAUGUGUGCAUUUGGGAUAAAUAAGUACUGUUCUUUGUGCAUUUAUUCUUUUCAGAUUACCACUGGGAGAAAUCUGCCUGUCUUUUCAAAGUAAUAUGUAAUUACAAAAUUUUUAAACAAAUAUUCCUCUUCAGUCAUUGUUUACUGGAGGUAAUGAAGCAGUUACUUUCUGUGGAAGUCAAGAAGUUAAUAGAUAUUAAUCUUGGAUCAUUGCGCUCAUUGGUUCUCAUCAAGGGGCAGUUGGAAGUGUAUGUGUAUAUUCUUAGGUUAUCCCAGUGACUUUGGAAACUGCUAGCUUCAGGGAGUGGCCCAGGAAUGCUUAGUGUUUUGUAGUAUCUGGAAUUAACCACAAUACUAAUGAUAUUCCUUAGGAAACACUGGCAAGCUACUUGUGAUGAUAAAAUACGGUUGAGUCACCUAGAAUUGGGUUCUUGUAAUAACCUUUUCCUUGCAGUUAAGACUAAUGUUGUCAAAGAAGUAAGCCUAUUUUAUACCUAUAAGGAAACUGAUCACUGUUAAAUAUGCGGAAAUUAGGACAUGCAUCUCUCUAGAACUAUACUGGUGAAACCUAAGGAAAGAGGGAAGUACACUGCAAUGAGUGAUCUCCUAAAGUUGGCUUCUGUAACUUCAUGUUACCUCUUGAUGUUGAUCUCUUUUAGCACACUCUCAUAGGUUGAAUUUGUGAGCAUAGUGUCUGUUUCUCAUCCCAGAAAUACUUGGACAGACUUUUUAAUACUCAUUUCUUUCUCAAGAAGAGAUGUUGACAAUAAGAAUAAUACUGGAGCAUUUUGUAAAUGUUUUUCAAAAUAAUGUGAUUUUAAGACCAAUUUCUAAGUAAUGUUCAAAUAAUGAUGGAUUAGCUAUAUAAGUAUAUUUUUACUUGUAUCUUCGCUGAGGUAAAUCUUAAAAUCCAAACCUAGUAAGAGUAAUAAGUCACGUUUUAAGAUGUUUUCAGUGUUAGGACAUUAAAUGUAUUUGUCUCAAGUUUAACUUUACAAACACCUAUUGGUGUCUUGGUUUUUUUAAACUUUUAAAUAUUUAAGUCACAUUUGUUUUAAGAAGUGCUUGAGAAACAGAAGGAUCUCGUGUGUUUUAUACCUGCAUAUCUGUGCAAAGAUGCUUUUACCAAAAUUAUUAUUAAAGUAUACUUGUUUACC